AUGAAAGGCAUCAAGCGCUUUUGCAAGAAAGGAAAACUUAGUCCCUGUUACGUUGGUCCAUUCGAGAUUUCAGACAAGGUGGGACGUUUGGCUUAUAGACUUGCUUGGCUACCAGCACUGUCAAGCACUCACAAUGUCUUUCAUAUUUCAAUGAUCCGCAAGUAUGUGUCAGAUCUGUCUCACGUACUGAGCUUCAGUGAGCUAGAACUUCACCAGAACUUGAGUUACGAAGAGCGACCGGUACGCAUUAUCGAAAAAGGAGUUAGAAAGUUUCGGUCUAAAAGUUUACCAUUGGUUAAAGUUCUGUGGAGUAAUAUCUCAGAGAAGGAAGCAACAUUGGAACUGGAGGAUGACAUUAGGGCGCAAUAUUCAGAACUCUUUGGUAAGACAUAA